AUGGAUUAUGAAAACGAAGAACUAGCUCCCAAAUCUACAUUUUGUGCUACACUUACACCACAACAAAAAAACAAACUGCAUAAGUCUCUGAUGAUCUUCAUAUUGUUUAUCUUCAUCGCUAUCUUCGUUUAUAUCUGCGUACGUGCAAUACAAUACAAUCCAAGUGUAGAAGACUAUGUCCCGGAUAUUAUAAUACCAUCUAUGGAUUUCACAGUGCUUAAUAUAGCAGAAACUAGUCUUAGUGUUAAAUGGGACUUAGUCAUGAGGAUUCCUCCAGACCUUCCUGGUUAUUAUACGUGUCUCAAAGGAUAUUUUCAGACUUUUAUUCUUUACAAAGGUGUCACCAUUGCUCAUUCUUCCUUUGAGAGAUACAAUCUGAUGUUGAAUUGGGCUCAAUUGCUUAAUAUUUCAUCGAUUGCUUCCAUUGGUGAUUUGGACGGUAAGGUUGUGAAAGACAUUAUGGAAGAUGUGUAUUUUAAUUAUAUAAUUUGA